UCUGCCGGUUUUCGCUUUUUUUAUCACUGGUGCUGAAGAGUCCACUCCUUUCUUUCAGUUCUCCGGCAAGAGCUGACGAGACAUUAGCAGCCUUAGUCGUUAGUGGCUGUAUUUCAACUCAAUUUCCAAUUUCCUGAGCGCAGUUGUAGGGUGAUGUGGAGACUGAUGAGCGAUCCUCGGGAUAAACUGUGUGACAACUAUCUACACAAAACAUCAACCACACCGACGGAAAGAUGCAGAUGUGACAACGCUUUUGCUGCAAUAGUCUCUACCUGCGAUUUGAGGAUUGUAAUGUGAGUCCAGGUGCAGUCCCAUCAUUUUAUCCUGGAGGCGAGGAGGGAGAUGCUUCACUCGGCUGCCAUGACAACAGGACUUAUCUUUGUUACCUGGCUCUUGUACACGAGUGCACGGGGCAAUCCCAUUGUGUCGGUGCCAGAAGGUGGGGAGAAAGAGCGUUUGGAGCGUGUUUUGACCCAAACCAAGGAGGGUGCAUUGAGUCUAAGUGCAAAGCAGCGCUUGGAAGAGUUAAGUAAUCUUGAACUGGAGGGAAUUAAGGGUGGGAACAGAUCCACUUCUGGUAGGACCAGACCCAACUUGAGCUCCUUGAGAAAAGGGUCCAAACUACAAGGAAAGACCCUUGAAGCAUGGAGUGAGCAAGAAUCACUUAAGCAAACUGAAGGAGCUCCUACGGAAGAAGCCAACAUUUCUCUGGAUGCAAUUGAUGAAUAUGCUUACCCUGAUUAUAGGGGUAAGGGCUGCAUGGAUGAAACAGGCUUUGUGUUCGCCAUUGGUGAAAAAUUCACCCCAGGACCAUCCACCUGCCCAUGCUUGUGCACAGAUGAAGGUCCUUUGUGUGCACAACCUGAGUGUCCAAAACUUCAUCCACGAUGCCUGCGUGUCGACACCAGCCAGUGCUGCCCACAGUGCAAAGAGAAGAAAAACUACUGUGAAUUUCGAGGAAAAAUAUACUCAUCUCUGGAGGAGUUUAAGGUGUCUCCGUGUGAGAAGUGCCGUUGUGAGCCCAGUGGGGAGGUGCUAUGUUCAGUGUCAGCUUGCCCACAGACAGAGUGUGUUGAUCCGGAGUAUGAGCCUGACCAGUGCUGCCCAGUGUGUAAGAGCGGGCCAAACUGUUACGCGGACACAUCGGUGAUCCCGGCUGGGCGAGAGGUGAAGAUCGACGAAUGCACCAUCUGCUACUGCACGUACGAGGAGGGUACCUGGCGUAUCGAGCGGCAGGCCACCUGCAGCAAGAACGAGUGCCAGCCGAGCUAAAGUGGUCAUGGGGGCUCAAGACCCUCAGCCUUCACCCGGACAGCUGUGGAUCUGGAUCACCCGUCCCAGCUGUGGUCUGUAUGGGCUCAGCAUGGCGGCCCUGAGACUCACACGCAGCCAAAAUACCAGCACCGCGUGGCGUUUACAUCAGUCAUGGCCAUUUAUGACUAUGAACUCAGAUUGUCCCGUAGCAUGUAGCGAACGGCCCGAUUAGCCUGGAAACAAGGCCAAGGUUCAAAGUGCCAAAUUCUACAUUCCUCCUGCUACGAUGGAGCCUCUGAGUUAGCAUAGCAUAGUCAUGACGAGUGAUGAGAUUCAUAUGUUAGAGUUAGGUAUAUAGUUUUAGGAGGCAUGGCAUUGAAUUCAACUACUAUAUUAAUACUUCGAGUUUGUAUUGAGAUUUAUAACCCAUAUAAAUGAUAUUUAUUUAUGUAUGUGCUGGUUUAAUGAUUCCGAUUGGAGUGUCUGAUUUACAGUGAAAUGAUAUUUUUUAUAGCCACUGUAUUUUGAUAUGCCGUAUCGUUUAAUACCGGAUUGACUUUAAUCCGUCUUAUUAGAAUGUAUAACGCACCUACAGCUGUCAAUGUGUCUGGAGGAUUGGCCCAUCAGAGAUGAGAUGAUGCCGCUGUCAGGAGUGACACAUAACAUCCAACACAACGUCAGGAUAGUCAACAGAGCAGAAUGGAUUUGAGGAAAUCAAAAAAGGGGAGAAACGUUGCUUGCAGAUGUUUGCAUUUAUGUUCUGUCUCUAUCGUACUCUUAUAUGAGGUCCGUUUUGCUAAGAUGUGUUUCUAUG